AUGACUGUGACUUAUAAGGAUUGUGAAAGAAAAAAAUGCAUGGAUUUCAUAAGGAGUGUCCUGUGUAAGAAUGACAUUCCAUGUCUGCAGCGUUUUCACUUUGAAAUAUUUAGUGAUUUUGAGACCAUCCAUGUCGAAGCAUUGAUCAAUUUUGCAUUGAGACGUGAAAUUUGGGAGCUUUAUCUGAAUAAAGAAUGGGUACAUAAUAAAAUUAUGCGCCUGCCUAUGGACUUAUCUGCUCGUGAGACACUUAGGGUGUUGAAGCUAAGGGGUAAUUUCGAAUUCAAUGUUUGUUUGAGCUUGCAUCUACCAAAACUUGAGACUCUAUACCUUUUUGAAUUGAGGUGUGUAGGUAAAGAUGUGAUAAAGAUUCUCACUUCAGGUUGCCCUGUUCUUAAAGAGCUGUUGAUUGAAUAUUGUGAAGGACUAAAAGAGUUAUCUAUAGAUUCUCUGACCUUGAAUAAGCUGAAAAUACAUAAUGAGAGCCAAAGUAUUGCUGUUAAAGCACCAAAUGUUAGAUACCUUGAUCUAGAUGUUAAGGGGGCAAGAUACGAAGCAAGCAACCUUAGUUCACUUGUUGAAGCCAGGGUCCGCUUGGGUGAUUAUGAACCUAGCAAACUACCUUGGCAACUUGAACUCAUCAGAUAA